AUGGCUUCUACCCUCCCUCGCUUGCCCAUCUUCGAAGCAAUUAAAAACCACGAUGGCCAGAGUACUGCAGUCGUGCAUUCGCUCUCCGGACGCACAUUCACCUACGGAGAAUUGGUCAACGAUGUCGCAGCCGCAAAGGAUCUACUGCAGAAGAACACAGGAGGGAAGAGUGCUGAAGGAGAGAGGAUCGCAUUUUUGGUAGAGAAUGGGUAUGACUAUGUAGUGACUCUGCUUUCGAUUCUUGCUGCGCACGCGAUCGCCGUGCCGCUAUCUCCAACUUUCCCAGCCCACGAAUUGAGAUAUAUCCUGGAUCAGAGUGGAUCGCUCAUGUUGCUGUCGUCGGAGAAGUUCCAGGACAAGGCCGAUGAAGUGCUGAAGGAGGGCAUGGAUACGGCGCCGGUGAAUUACAAGCGGAAUAAGAUCAUGAUGGGCAAACAGGACGACUAUGUUACGUUGGAAGAGCCCACGAGCGACAAGGGAGGAAUGAUGCUAUAUACAUCAGGGACAACAAGUCGACCGAAAGGCGUACUGCUCCCACAAGAGGUCCUCACCGCGCAAUCGCAUUCGCUAUUGGAAGCCUGGAACUACAGCAAGAAGGACAUUCUCCUACAUGUGCUACCCCUCCACCACAUCCACGGUACAAUUAAUGCCCUCCUCACGCCACUCUUCGCCGGCAGCACAAUCGAAUUCCAAUUCCCCUUCAACGCCGCCGCGGUAUGGGAACGUCUCGCAGCACCGUUCCUCCCCACCCCGGAUCCCUCGAAGAAACCCAUAACCUUCCUAACCGUCGUCCCCACAAUCUACACCCGUCUCCUCUCCAGCCACCAAUCACUCUCCCCAGAACUCCAAACCGCAUCCAAGACCGCCCUCUCCCCUUCCAAUCUACGCCUCAACAUCUCCGGAUCCGCCGCCUUGCCCACCCCCGUGAAGUCAGCCUGGACAGAACUCAGCGGCGGCAACGUCCUCCUCGAACGCUACGGCAUGACAGAAGUCGGCAUGGCGUUGUCCUGCGGUCUGUCGUUCGCCGACCGCGCCGACGGCUCCGUUGGCUGGCCUCUCCCCUCCGUACAGGCGCGCCUCGUGGACACAGAGACAGGCGAGAUCAUCAAGGAAGGCGAGGAGAUCGACCCAGCGACCAACCGCGAACGGCACGGCGAGAUCCAGCUGCGCGGCCCCACCAUCUUCCGCGACUACUGGCAGAACCCGGAGGCGACGGCCAAGGAGUUCGUCGACGACGCGGACGGCAGGGGGAAGUGGUUCAAGACGGGCGACGUGGCGGUGCGGAGGAACGUCGAGGGGACGGGCAAGUCGGAUCAGGAGUGGGCGAGGGGGCCGUUGUAUUUCAUCCUCGGCCGCAAGUCCGCGGACAUCAUCAAGACGGGCGGCGAGAAGGUUUCCGCGCUGGAGAUCGAGCGCGAGAUGUUGUCGCUGCCGCAGGUGUCUGAAGUCGCCGUCGUGGGGCUCCCGUCAGAAGCGUGGGGUCAGAAGGUUGCGUCGGUCGUUGUGCUCAGCGAGGCUGGGAAGACGGCAGGUCGAGGCGGGAAGCCGUGGGGUGCGAUGGACAUGCGGAGGGCGUUGAAGGAUCUGCUGGCGAACUACAAGAUCCCGCAGGAGAUGAAGGUCGUGGAGACGAUUCCUCGAAACGCAAUGGGCAAGAUCAAUAAGAAGCAGCUCGUCAAGGAGAUCUGGGGCGAACCGCUGGAGAACGGCACCACAAACGGACAUGCAAAUGGUGCGGUACAGGUCCCUAAUGGCAGCGUGUGA